AGUCUGCUUUAACACUGUGGCCACGCCUAGCUAAUGGGCCACACCCAGCCAAUAGGCCACACCCACUUGGCACUCCACAAUGCAUAAGUGGGUUUUGGGUUGCAGUUUGGGCAUUCAGUCUCUAAAAGAUUCGCCAUCACUGGUCUAGGAUAUAUUCAGUAAUCUCCAGAAUACAUGUGGAAGCUGUUCCCACCACAGACCAUAACGGAUCUCACAGGGGCAGCCUCAAAAAUGCCUGAAGAUGUAAGGCUGCGGCCCCCAUUACUUUGAAAGGUAACCAGCUGGAGUCUGCCAGUCAGAAUCAGAAUAGCCAAGGGGUCCAUUAUGGUAGUGAAGAGGGCCUUCACACACCGCCACCCCACCCCACCCCGAUUCAGCCAGCGGUUAUUUCAAUCGGGCGGUUCGGUGGCCGGUUGAAGGCAAGACGUCGCCUUCCCCCUCGAUUUGCACCAGGGGACCGCCUUGGCUAGGGACGCCCCGCGAGGCUAACGAGAAAAACCGUCGCUCGCGCGCCCUGUCACCUGACCCUCGCCUGAGGGAGAAGGCGCGCUAAGUCGGUUGCCAUUUUGCUUCGUGGACGGACGAUGAACCGCAAGAUUGCCGCCGCCUUUUCCUUUUGGGCUUUCCUUGUGCUGUUCAGGGAAGCCGCGCCCAAAGCCCUGUCCUCCCUGAAUCUUACCGACGGUGAGCUUGGCCUCGCUCCGUCCUCGCAGGGCGUCGAGCUCGGUACAUGAUCGCCAACGUGCUGCUUCGGACGGGGUAGCCUACCAGAUCGAGCUUGAGGGGAAAAGCCGUCAGCGGAGCGCGCGGGAAUUCUUCGCUGAGGGAACGCGAGGGCCGAGGCCGUCGUCGGAAACGUUUCCUCCCGAAAAGGAGGCGUCCGCCGAGCUACCCUGCUGCCAUUUAUGCAACAGUGGUGGCUGUCGAAAGGCCCAUCACGAUUGCAUAAAUGGGGGCGCCGCUGGCGUUUGCUCUCGGGACGAAAAAUAAUUGCGGACUACUACAAUUUUGUCUGUGCAAAGUUGUGUUCUGACAGUACGAGGGUUUCGUUCCCUACAGCAACUAAAUUGUGGGCGUGUGAUUCUCUCUCUCUCUCUUCUUUACUUUUGAAAUGAGCGAAGGAAAUACAGUUUAUCCCGGGCGUGGCUGCUGCCGUUUUCUGGACUCCCCGUAACCCCUGAAUUUCUGUGCUGGGAUCUAUUCGAAAAUAAAGUUAUAUUUUACCUGUUCCCAGCUCUUGGGGAAAUGUCUAUAAUUACCACCGCAAUUGGAAUGGGACGCACAGAAGUUACGAUAUAAAGGAAUUAAAGUUUCGGGACCAAUGGGUAGUAACAGAAGAAAGAAAGCUGAGGCCAAGCUUAUUUGUAAUUUACAUACUAAAUUGUGCCUGACGUGUUAUCAGAUCUUAAAAUAAGGAGUCUUUAAAUCAUUGGUCACAACUGAAUGUAUUUUGGGGUCAUUAUUUAGAUUUUAGAUUUUACUUGUGUAUUGGAACACUGGUAAAGAUCCUAUACCUGAUGGAACUAAGUUUGAAUAUCUGCGUGCUAUGUAAUUAGUUUGUUUUCAUCUAGAUCUCAUCAUUCACCGUGUUAGUUCUGGUGUAUUUUUUCUUGCACAACACACUGAACCAUAAAUUAGCUACAGAGACUGACUUUGUACAGGUAGGCUAAGGUAAAAUUAACAAAUAUAUGGUUUAGUCAUACAACGUAAACAGGAGUGAUUCGGUUCCUCAAAUCUUACACUCUUGUUUCAUCUUUCUUGUAGAAUUGGUUUGUAAAAUAACUGCUUGAAAUAUAUGUUGCUAAAUGAAUGCUAUUUCUUAGAUGGCUUACCUAUUUUUCUUUGAUUUCUAGUCUGUGGAACAAGGCCUCUUAUGAAAACUACAGCAACAGGAACUCGAAUUGUAGGUGGACAUGAUGCUAUGCUAGGAGCAUGGCCUUGGCAAAUUAGUCUUCAGGUUUAUGCAAUUGGUGUAGGAUAUGUCCAUGUAUGUGGUGGAUCUUUAAUUAAUACAAUCAAAGUGUUGACAGCAGCCCACUGCAUUAAAAUAUCAGAGAACCCAGCCCUUUGGAGGGUUGUAAUUGGCUUGCAUAAUCUUAAUGAUAAUUCUCAUACAAUAAAACGUCGGAUUAAAGCUAUCAAUAUACAUCCUAAUUAUAUGGCAGACACAUAUGACAAUGAUAUUGCCUUGAUAACACUAGUCAGAUCUAUCAGAUUCAGUGAUUAUGCUCGUCCAAUCUGCUUACCUGCCACAAAUCUUUUGACAAAUCGACAGUAUCCAUGUUAUAUAUCUGGAUGGGGUAAAACACAGGAAAAAGGUGAAAACAACUUAAUAUUACAAGAAGCUCAAGUAGAUAUUAUUCCACAGAAUAUGUGUAAUAAACCCAGCUGGUAUGCUGGAACAAUUACAUUGAAUAUGUUCUGUGCUGGCUUUCCAGCUGGAGGUAUUGAUAGCUGCCAGGGAGACAGCGGUGGUCCUCUGACAUGCUACCUUCCAACCACUACCAAGUUUUAUUUGAUAGGAAUUACCAGCUUUGGCUAUGGCUGUGGUCGCCCAAGACAUCCAGGAGUUUAUGUUAGGACAAUUAAUUAUAUAAGUUGGAUAAACAAUUAUUUACAGAGUAAAAUUGUAACUGUGGAAAUUCAUUGCCUCUUGGUCUUUUUAAUUGUGUGGUGGACAGUCUUCCAUAUUCUUUGGACCAGGGGCCCCAGCCCCUGGUCGGUGGACCAGUACCUGGCCGCAGUAUGCCAGCAACAAACAAGCAAAGCCCCAUCCGUGAGAUGCAGGCAGCACACAAAACCACGCAUCCUCCAGUCCGUGCAAAAACCUCUCUCCACAGAACCGGUCCUUGGUGCCCAAAAGGUUGGGGGGCCUCUGAGUUGGACAGCUCUUCUAAUAAUGAAAGGAUGUGGAGCAAGGCCUGCUAUAGUUACCGUAACAGCAGAGACUCAAAUUGUAGGUGGACAUAUUGCUCAGCUUGGAGCAUGGCCAUGGCAAGUUAGUCUUCAGAUUUAUCGUGUUCCAUCAGGUCGAUAUCGGCAUGUAUGUGGCGGAUCUUUAAUUAAUAACAACUCGGUAUUGACAGUAGCACGUUGCAUUAAGAAAUGGGUGAACCCAGAAUAUUGGAGAGUUAUGAUUGGGUUACAUCAUCUUUAUAAACCUCAUUCUCACACCAUAAGUCGUCGAGUGAAAAGUAUCAUUGUCCAUUCUGGUUUCAAGAGGGACAGCUACGAAAAUGAUAUUGCAAUGUUUAAACUUGUGAAGCUUGUCGAGUACAAUAAAUAUAUUCAACCUAUCUGCUUACCUCACAAUUCUCAUCUAGUGACUGAUAAGAAUCCAUGUUACAUAACUGGAUGGAGAAACAGAAAGAAAAAAGACAAAAUUAAAAUUGAAUUACAAGAAGCUCGAGCAAUUAUUAUUCCACUAUAUGUCUGUAAUAAAUAUGAAUGGUAUAAAGAAAAAUUACCAACUGAUAUGAUUUGUGCCUCCUCAUCAACAAAUACCUGUAUGGAAGAUAGUGGUGGACCUUUGAUGUGCUAUUUCCCGAGCGUAUCCCAAUAUUAUCUGAUAGGCAUCACCAGUUUUGCCACUGGCUGUAAUCAAGAUAAAUAUCCAGGACUCUAUACACGUACAGUGAGUUACAGAAAAUGGAUAGAUUUUCAUCUUCAUGAUAAAACCACAACCACAGUGAACAUCCAAAGUAUUCUAGUUCCUUUAACUAUGGAAUGGAUAAUCUUUCACCUAUAGACAUGUUCUUAAAUGGGGUAUUUAACAUUCCUGCUAGUUUGUUUAACCCAUAUCAACUAAUGGAGUUUGUAAUCUAUGACUUUACUAUCCCAACUACACUUGAAAUAUAUUUGUAAUCAUUUUAGUUAGUGUCACAUUUUUAAAUAUUUAUGUAUCAUUGUAUUAAAUGCCUGAAAUUUUGUUAUGCUGUAUGAUAAAAAUUAACUGAUGUUUUCUGUUGCCAUAUAGAAACCAUACACUAAGUUGAAGCUUAAUAUGAUAUAUGAAUUACUGUACUGUUGCAAGAUGAUACCAAGUAUAAUAUAAUAGCUUGAUCUGUCUUCUGAUAUCUCUAAUAGGAUUAGCUCUAAAUAGGGUUGACGAUGCUUCUGUCCGUUAAAAUUGGAGAAAGUUCUUUUCCUUAGUUUGCAACUCCAAAUAUUGCUAUCUUGUUGCUGUAGAGCAUAUGGAAGAAUGGAUCAUAGGAUAUUAUUGCACAGAUAAUUUCCUCUCUUUGUAUCAGUGGAAUUCUGCCACAUCAGACAAUAUUUGUGGAUUAAAGAAGUUUAUUUGAAAGAAGCUUAUGCUGGAUCCAAUCCAAAAUCACCUUUGACAUACCAGUGUAAUAUUUCAUCUUUUACAUUUAGCUAAUUUAGAGAAAAAAUUAUAAAGACCUAUCUAAGUUUUUGUUAUGAGCCCUAUAAACGUUACAUGUUGAAUUCAUUUCAUAUGAAUGAAAAUGGUAAGAAGAAUUAGAGAAAAAUAUGAGAAUGUGAAUUACUGUAUGAAAGGCUAUGAAAAGGCAUGUGUCAUGGCAUGUACUAUAUAGAAAUGCCAUGUAUAAAUGAAUGGAACAUGAGUAUAUGUGAAGGCAUGGCACUGAAUAAAUGAAUAGCAUUGUUCAAAUUAGUGACAAAAAUAUUUUGAGCCUUUAAAAACUUAAAACGUUAUCACAUCAGACUACCAUAGAACAAUUUAAAACUGACCGUAGAAUAGAGAAAUUGACAUCUAACAGUCCCAUGCUGUGAGAUAUUCUUGUACCUUUAAUAAUUUUUGUCUAAAUUGCAAUGUUUGUCAUAUUGAUUGUUAUGAGGGUUGAAUGAAAAGUAUACCUCCAUCUCCCUAACCUUAAUUUAUAUGUGGAUAUUUUAAUUAAAAAGAAAUAAUUCUUGAAAUCAA